AUGGCUCUUGUUACUAGCAAAGGAGGCUCAUCUUCAUCUUCAUCUUCCUCUUUCACCUACCAACUCAAGAACUUUGAUGUCUUCUUAAGUUUCAGAGGUGAAGAUACCCGUCUUGGUUUUAUAAGCCAUUUGUAUAAUGCUUUGUGUCAACGGGGUAUCAAAAUCUUUAUCGAUGAUAACCUUCAAAGGGGAGAAGAAAUUUCUGCAGGACUUGUCAAAAUAAUUGAAAGUUCAAGGAUUUCAAUAAUUGUAUUUUCUGAAAACUAUGCGUAUUCCGCAUGGUGCUUGGAUGAACUUACCAAGAUUGUUGAGUGUAAGAAGAAUAACCAAUUAGUGCGACCAGUUUUUUACAACGUAGAUCCAUCAGAAGUUCGUAACCAAAAAGGAAAGUUUGGAGAAGCAUUAUCUAAAUAUGAAGAAAAAUUAAAGGAUAAAAAGAAGGUGCAAAGAUGGAGGGAAGCUUUACAUGAAGCUGCCAAUAUAUCUGGUUGGCAUUACAAGCAUGACUGUACUGAAUUUGAAUUUAUCCAAGAAAUUGUUGAAGAGAUCGCAAAUUCUGAAUUAAAUCGGAUGCCAUUAUUUGUUGCUAAAUACCCCGUUGGAAUAAAUUCUCGUGCAGAGGCCAUAAUAUUGCAAUUAGAUAUUGGGUCAAAUGAUGUUCGUAUGUAAGGUAUGUAUGGACUUGGUGGAGUGGGUAAAACAACCAUUGCAAAAGCUGUUUAUAACAAAAUUUUUUACUGUUUCGAAAGAAGCUACUUUUUGGAAAAUGUUAGAGAAAAGUCA